AGUAACCAUCCUGCUUGCAUUCCGAAUGGAUUUCAAAGGGGAUCGUGUGUGUGCCUUGGUUUCCAUGUUCUUUGUUGUAACUUCGGCCAACGUGGAGGAAGUCCUGGGAGUCGUUGGAGAACCUGUCCUUCUGUGUUGUUUUCUCUCCAAAUUGGCUCUGCCCAUCAACUCAGCAAAAACCCGCAUAAUGUGGCAGGAUCGAGAAGACAAAGUGCUGCAUGUAAUUAACAAGGGACAGGAGGUGUAUGAUUACCAAGACCCUUAUUACAAAAACAGGACAACAUUUGACUCUGACCAUUUGGCCUCUGGAAAUCUGUCACUCCUGCUCAACCCAGUUAACAUCCUGGACAAUCAUAUGAGGACUACUGUCAUUCUGAUAAGAAAUCAUAGAUCAGAGAAAGUGUGCACACUCAGUUUAAAUGUAGCAGCUAGGUACCAGAAACCAACAGUGAACCUUACAGACUCAACAGUUGAAUGCAACACUCAGGGAGGCUUUCCUGAAGGUCAGGUGACAUGGAUGACCAAUAACACACCUCUAGAUCCUGGGGAGGCAGACACCAAGACCAGCCAGGAUCCUGAAACCAGAACCUUCAACAUAAGCAGCCGAGUGAAUGGGACAGGAAUCCAGAACCUGACCUGUAGUAUCCACAACCCGACCCUCAAUGAAACCCAGACAACCACUAUCAGCAUCAGACCCAUAACACCAUACAUGGCUGAAAACUCCUCUAAUGUCCUGGUCAUUGCUUGCGCUGUCGGAGUAUCAUUCAUUCUCACCAUCAUCACUGUUAUCAUCUGUAGACGUAUUAGGGUGCCCUGCUGUCCCUGACCCUCUGUAUUGUCCCUGGGUUGGAGGACACCGGAGACAGAGGUGUUCAAACAACGGUUCUUUAAUAAAAUUAAAGAAACCAUCCAAGAACAAGACACAGCAAUGUCAGUUGAUAUCUUACAUCCGGAUCCUGACUUAUUUAGGAUGGCCUUAUCUUACGUUUUGUAAAAUGACCUGAUGAAGGUCCCAAAACGUUGUUCCUGUGACAUCUUUUUGAUAUUGCAAGAGACACAGACAGUGUGCAGGAGUUUUCUUCUACACCCACGCAUGUCAGCAUAUUUCAGUAAACUACAUCCAAUGAGGAUAAUCGCCACUGGGAUGCCCUCUUUCCAAAGCCAUUCUCGGGCAGGGUCACUGGCUUGUUGUUGGCCCUCUGUGGCACCCUUUGAGCAAUUGGAGUGUACUCUGCUGGCAAUACUCGUGCCUCAUUCAGGGUGGUUGUGGUUGGUCUCCCUUUGGUUGAUGCUUGGCAAUGUGUGUGGAUUGACAUCCUGCCAUUUGGGCCCUGUCUGGGGCCUCCCUCGGAAAGGGCCACAGUGUCACUGGACCCCCCUGUC